AUGGCGGCUACAGAGACGAAAACGAAAUCUUUCAAGUCGUAUCCGAUAGAGAGCUGGGACGACGGCCUUUCGCCCAUCUACACGCAUCUGCAUCCGCUACUGCUGCUCGGUCUCUUCUACUACCAAUUUCCCUCGCUGGUCGAGAAGCCCAUCGAAACAUUGCCCCAGACGGCCUUGGGAGUCGCAGCGCUGCAACUGUUGUACCUCUGCAUCUGCAUCCCUGGUAGCAACCAGGCUCAACUGCCUCAGCGCGGAAAGAAAAAGGGAAAGGUUACCCAGAACCACCAGGGAGACAGCGGCUUCGGAGCCAAGCUGGUUCCCGGAAUUCUUUCGCUCAUCCUCGCCGUCACCCUCGGAGCUCCCCUUAUCGCUAUUAUCCUCAUCCUGUUCGGUGCUCCGCUCACCUCUCACCAAGCCCAUACCAUCUACUGCGGUCUCCACAUCGCACUGCUCGCCGCGUACCCUCUAUUCUACGUCCACGGUGUCGACGGUGCCAAGUGGACCGAGGUGGGCGCGUUGGCUGCUCCCAUCGAUGAGGUCUUUGGUGCUACUGUUGGGACACUGAUUGGUGCUUGGGUUGGUGCUAUACCCAUCCCAUUGGACUGGGACCGCGAGUGGCAAAAGUGGCCAGUCACUAUUCUGGCUGGUGCCUAUAUCGGUUAUGCUGUUGGCAAGGUUGUAGGUGGUUUGCUGCUCAAGGGGUCGAAAAUCAAGAUUGCAUAA